AUGGUUGUCCGGGAUGAGUCCAUAAAAUUCAAACCCCUUGAUUUCACGCCAGUCGAAGCUAUCCAGAAAAAGGCUGCUGCUGCUCGAGGAGCUUUCUACGAUUCAAAGACCCGGCCGGCCGAGUUCCGUAAGUUGCAGCUCCGCAAGCUGUACUGGGCAAUCCAUGACAAGCAAGAUCGCAUCCAUGAAGCGCUUGCCCGUGAUCUCGGCCGUCCUACCCAUGAAUCCUAUGUCACCGAGACUCAAUGGAUGCUAAGCGAUAUCCUCUUCACGCUCAAGAAUCUGGACAAAUGGCUCAAGGAUGAACCGGCUCCAGAUAUUCCUUUUGCAUUCAAAGCACUCAGCCCAAAGAUCAGAAAAGACCCUAUGGGCACUGUCUUGAUUGUUGGUCCAUGCAACUAUCCUUUCCAGUUGACCAUGGUACCUUUGUUUGGCGCCAUCGCUGCUGGUAACACCGUUGUUGUCAAACCCAGUGAGCAGACUCCAAACUGUGCCAUCGUCAUGCAGGAAAUUAUCGAGGCUGCCCUUGACCCGGCUGCCUUUACUGUUGUCCAUGGAGCCGUCACGGAAAUGCAGGCCCUUCUCGAGGAGAAGUGGGACAAGAUCUUUUUCACUGGUAGUCAUGCUGUCGGACGCAUUAUUUCCAAAGCCGCUGCACCACAUAUGACUCCCGUCGUCCUAGAAUUAGGAGGAUUGAAUCCUGCUAUUGUUACUCGUAAUGCCAACCCUCAUAUUGUAGCUCGACGACUUUUGUGGGCCAAGACGAUGAAUGCUGGUCAGACCUGCACGGCCCAGAAUUAUGUCCUCAUUGAAAAGUCGAUUUUGCCUGCCGUGUUGGAGGAAUUGAAGAAGGCGUACAAGUCGUUCUACCCCAGUGGUACUAGCAAGGGCCCUGAAUACUCCCGUAUUGUCUCCGACCGAGCCUUUCAGCGCCUGAAAGCCAUGAUUGACGACAGCAAGGGCAAGAUCGUUUUUGGAGGCACUGUUGAUGAAAAGGACCGAUACAUUGAACAGACUUUUAUCCAGGUGGACUCUUUGGAAGAUUCGAUGAUUGUCAACGAGGCUUUUGGCCCUAUCUGUGCUAUUGUCACCAUCGACAACGUUGACGAAGCAAUCAGCAUUGCCAAGAAGGUUCAGGACACGAGUUUGGGAAUUGCUGUAUUCGGCAGCAAGCAGGAACACCAGAAGGUCAUGGCCAACCUCCGAUCCGGAAGCGUUUCUCUUAACGACGCCCAGCCUCAUGUCGCCACUCUGUCCUUCGGUGGUGUUGGCGAAAGUGGUACUGGCGCGUACCGUGGCCGAUCCACCUUCGAAACCUUUGUGCACCGCCGACCCUACACCAACACGCCCAACUGGAUGGACGCUCUGCUCGAUGUCCGUUACCCUCCAUACCCAGCCAGCAAGCUGAAGCUCUUCAAGGCUACCAUGGUGCCGACUCCAGACUUUGACCGCGACGGCCGCCAAAGCCGGUUUACAUGGCUGCGAUACGUCUUUGGAGGAACACCCAAAGCCGCAGCUGCACGAGUCGCAGUUGCUGCCAUUGGUGAGUGA